AUGUCAGGAGGAAAACACAUCGACUUCAAAAACUGCCCAAUCGGCCGUCCCGCUGUAGUCGGCAUUUAUGGUCUCUCCGGUUCUGGAAAGACAUUUGUACUGAACGCGUUGCGGCAAAUCUCCAGUCACGAUUACAUCUUGACAGAGGGCUCGGAGGUAAUAUCAAAACUGACUCGAGGUGGUCUGGAGGCUUUUCAAGCCAGCGAUGAACUCCAAAAGCGUUCCACACGUGAGCUCGCCAUGCAAACCAUUGUGGCCGACUGUCUCAAUGAUGGUAAGACCGCCAUCGUCACCGGGCAUUUCAUGCUUUGGUCGAGCACGGACGAACGUUGUAUCUCCGUGUGGACGCAGCAAGACCUCGAAACAUACACUCAUAUCAUCUAUCUGAACACUGCGGUGGAGACUAUCCGCGACCGUCGCCUCCAUGAUACUACCAAAGAUCGACCAGAUCUAUCCGUCGACCAACUGCGACAGUGGCAACGUGACGAAGAAAUGCAAUUGAGACUGGUCUGUUACCAAAAUGGCAUUAUCUAUCAUGCAAUAGGGCAAGAGCGAGCAGCGCCCAAAGUCGCUGAAUUGCUGACAGUAUUCCUCCACCGGGACCAGAACAGCCAUAGACGAGAAGCCGAAGAAUUGCUAGAUGGUAUCAUCGGCUCACCAACAAGACCGAUCGUCUCUGCCUUGGUCCUGGAUGCCGAUAAAACAUUGUCUGCUGCAGACUCGGGCCACUUAUUCUGGCAAUCUGUUAACCAACGUGAAGCUCCUUCGGUGAAAAAGGAUCAUUUGAAAACAAUAUUCGGCGGGCCUCUGGGUUACACUAGUGCCGCGUUUCUUCAGGCGGCGCUGUUGUAUGAAGAACUGGUCGAUCAGAACACCUAUAGUGAUAUUUGCACGGAAGUCGCAGCACAAAUAUCAUUGUACCCUGAGGUGGCAGCGCUACUUAUGAAGCUGCAGACCGACAAACAGGCCGUCUCGAUGGUCGUGACAUGUGGUCUGCGUUUGGUAUGGGAGAAGGUCUUGAGAAGACACGGCCUAUUCGACACAAUCAAAGUCAUCGGUUCAGGUCCUUUGACUGGCGCCCAAGUCAUUACAUCUCAAGUCAAGGCAAGUCUGGUGGCGCGUCUCCAACAGCAUCAUCACCUCCAUGUUGUCGCCGUGGGAGAUGGUGUCUUGGACUUAGACAUGCUUGCGCGGGCCGACCGAGCGGUGGUCAUUGUUGGUGACGAUAAGACACGAAGUCGACGCAUGGAAGGAGAACUUGCCCAGGCUAUCAACGAGGGUCGCUUCUCCGCUUUUCAAGCCGUCCUGGCACGGGGGGCAUCUCCACGGCUGAAUACGAUCAUUCUACCCCUGAUAGACCUAAACGGCCCUGAAUUCUGGAAUGGAAUCUUUCCUGGCUACUCCGCUCCUCUGCUGAACAUUAUCCACUUUACGGACUCUCGCAUAUCCAAAAUCUUGGCCACGCCUAUGCGUGAUGUCGCCAACAGUGGCCCGUCGCUUCGAGAUGCUCACGGGCGGACUGGUCGGUAUCUAGCUCUCCAAACAUUGCCGGAUUUGCUUGGGAUUGAAGAGCACAUGAUUCAGCAUGUGCAAGGACAUUCCUUUGCGGGCACUCGAAUUGCGCAGCAAGAUCGAACACUCAUUGUGGCAUUGAUGCGUGGGGGGGAGCCGAUGGCCCUAGGAGUCAGUGAGAUUUUGCCUGCCGCCUCAUUCCUACAUGCACAUCGCGCAGACGACGUCAAGUCAGAACACGUCGAUGCAAUUUCGACCAUUAUUCUCGUGGACUCGGUGGUGAAUAGUGGACAGACCGUCAUCGACUUCGUCCGUCGCUUGGAGAUUCUAAAUGCAGCUGCCCGCAUUGUUAUCAUGGCGGGAGUGGUGCAAAAUGAGGCGGUCGCGAAACUGGAGGCCCUAAAGACGACAACCCAUCAUCAAAGAAUCCAUCUCAUUGCCCUCCGGUUCUCUAACAACAAGUUCACCGGCCGUGGUGGAACAGAUACCGGGAAUCGGCUGUACCAGACCAUACGUCUAGAAUAA